GGAGGAAAACAUUGACGGACAGCAGAAGUGUUUUGUUUUCUUCCUUUUAGUUCUACCUUUGAAAUGAAGUAAUUUUUUCUGGUUAAGGAUUGCGAGGUCAUGGAUUUUCUUCAUCAAUGGCGGCACUGGAUUCGACCGUUUGUUAUCAGCUUGUAUUUUAUUCUGGCAAUAAUAGCUCUUCCGCUCUGUGUAGUGGAACUUAAUAGAGAGGGUGCGCCCAAGCACGUGCAGGCAUGGUUUGCUGGAGGAAUCUUUGUGAUGAUGGCUAUUCCCAUAUCAUUAUGGGGUAUACUUCAACACUUAGUCAACUACACCCAACCAAAUCUUCAGAGGCAUAUCAUAAGAAUAUUAUGGAUGGUUCCAAUAUAUGCAGUCAAUGCAUGGUUUGCCUUACGAUUUCCAGAAGCUGCCAUUUACUUAGACACACUCAGAGAAUGCUAUGAAGCUUAUGUCAUAUACAACUUCAUGGCUUACCUGUUAAAUUACUUAUGGAUAGAAAACCCUAACCUUGAAAUAACAUUGAGAAACAAGGAACCUGUCAAACAUAUCUGUCCAUUCUGUUGUUUUCCUUCCUGGCAAAUGAAGUACUCCUUCAUCAACAGAUGUAAACAUGGGGCAUUACAGUAUACCAUUGUUAGACCAGUGACAACAAUUAUAGCUUUAAUUUGUCAGCUAAAUGAUGUUUAUAAUGAAGGGGACUUUGAUUUUAAAUCAGCCUGGUCCUAUUUAGUGAUUAUCAACAACAUCUCACAGAUUUGGGCUAUGUACUGCCUGGUGUUGUUUUAUAAAGCAAUGAAGGAAGAGUUAGCUCCCAUUAACCCAGUACCAAAGUUCCUCUGUGUUAAAUUUGUUGUCUUCUUCUCAUUCUGGCAGUCAGUGGCCAUUGCUAUAAUGGUCAAACUGGGCUGGAUUCCUGAGGAUGGUACCUGGGUCUUUUACCAUUCUAUUCAAGAUGUUGCAACAGGAUUACAGGAUUUCCUGAUCUGCAUCGAGAUGUUCCUGGCAGCCAUUGCUCAUUACUAUUCAUUUUCCCACAAACCUUUCAUCAGCAGUGAAAAUGAGAAUGUCAGCUGUUUUUCCUCAUUCUUGUCUAUGUGGGAUGUGUCAGAUAUGAAAGAUGAUGUCAUAGAACAUGUCAAGGUCAUUAGCAAAACAAUGAAAAAAACCAUCAGCAAGUCAAAGAUGAAAUCUGACAAUGAACGAACUCCUCUCUUAGCAGGGGAGAAUCCCCCUUCCUCUUCCCACAGGGAUCUACUGGGAUCCCAGAGCAGUGCAGACUGGGAUGCAACAUCCCUGGAGAACAGUGAACGACCUUUCCCACAGGUCACUCAGGCCACACCGAGCAUGAGUAACUACGUGGUCCUUGAGGAUGAGGAGAGUGACCAGGAAGUGGACAGGACAGACACACAAACAGGGGAUAACACAACAGAGACACAGAACAGUGAUCAGGGUGCUGGUAAAGUCACUGCAGAGACCAAUCAAACUGGUAGAACAUUGACCAAUGAAAAUGUUCAUACUGGAUCGACCAAUCAGAAUGACCUUUCUGAAUUAACUAAUCAGAAUGAUUUAUCUGGACAGAAAACUAUGGUAGAUGUGCAUAGACAAGACCAAGAUGAUAGUAAACCAGAUACUCCUUCUUAGCA